AUGUUGCACUUUGGGGUUCUUAAUAAUGUCAAAAAUAGUAAUUGUUUUUUUAAAACACUGGAACAUUUACAGGGCGGAGGGAAGCUGUUUCAAGCCGGGCCGGGGGCCUCCUGCCCGCCCUCCCUUCCCGAGGCGAGGCUGAGUCAGAGGCGGCGGCGGCGGCGGGCCGGGCGGGCGGGCGGGGCGGGCCGGGCUGGCUCGGCUCUGGAGGGCGGCGCCUGCCGCGGCCGGAGACGCGCGGGACCCGCGGCUGCUACAAAAACCCCACCCCGCCCGCCUCUCGCCCGUGCUCAGCCGGACUCGGAGUCUGCAGCCGUCGCCGCCUGCUCGGUAAGUCUCCGGGGGCGCUGCAUCCGGAGCGGCUCCGCCUGGAUUGACUCCGAAGUGAUCUGGAUUGAAUCUGGAUUGAAUCUGGAUUGACUCCGAAGUGAGGCGGCGGGAGAAUUGCACUGCCUUGGUGCGCUUCCAUGAGAAGUCAGUCCCGUUGAGUUCAGUGGGACUUACUCUCGCGUAAGCGCGCUCGACUCAGCCUCUCCUUUAUGGGGGGGGGGUGCGUGUGUCUGGUGGGCAAAGGUUUGCCCUGCAAAGGAGCUCGGGGAGGAUUGGGGCCGCCGUUGAAACCGGCGGGGCUGACUUCGGAGGAGGGCUGCGACGGCUGGGAGUGGCCCUCGGUGCGCUUCGGAGAAAGUCUCCAUAGGAUCGGGCGUUUAGGCUGACGUCCUACCAAUCCUGACUUGUAGGGAUGCCAUGCGUCCUGAUUUUUCCGUACAUCAACGGGAUUUCAAAAGCAUAAUUGACGUCCGGGGGGGAAUUCCCGGAAGGUGGCGCUUUCUUGUCCUGGAUCUUAGUCAAGUCAGUCGCCUUCCUGAAAAAAGCUCAAGAACUUUCGAGGUGUCCUGGUAACUCUGUAAUUGGGAGCCAGAGUCGCACGGGCGUGAAGUGUGCAGGGACACCCAACUGCCAAAGCAGAAAUGCAAAAUGGAAAAGGUUUCUCGGCUGUUCAGAGUGCCAAGAAGCUCCUUAAAAAUAUAGAAAAGGGGGAAAAAUAAAUUUUCAUUCUGCUGGGGUGAAAUGCAAACUAGCAGAACGUGACAAACAUUUUCUAGUGUUGUCUUUCUGCUUACUCAUCUCUUGCAAUACAUUUGAUUUUACUUUUUGCUAAUUCACAUACCUGGCUGCAUUCCCAGCCCUUUUCUGCAUCCUUGGGUGCCCAGCACCUGGCCUGAAGACUCCCCCAAGCCGAGUUGGGUCCUGUGUGUGGAGUCUCUGCUUCUGUCCCUCCUUGGUGCUUUAGAGUCCCAGAAUGGUCGAGGUGGAAGGGACCCUGAGGGUCAUCUAGUCCAGCUCUCUUGCUCUAGCUGGUGAGGCAGCAUCCAAAGACGCCCAGGAGACGGGAUUUGCAAUAUGGAUAACUUGGGGACCUUUGGAAUGAGGGGCCGUUUGAAAAUGCUAUUAAUAAGAAAGCUUCUGAAUGGUUAGACCAGGCUUUAAGCCUUCUGUGUGAGCUGUAGCCUUGCAUGCUUUGGGGACAGCUGAAAAAGAGACGCCUUCUUUUCUGGGUUGUCGUGCUGCAAUAACGGUGUGUUCAUUUAUUCACCACCCCUCUUUUUGGACCUCCAACUCCAGGAGGCAAGGAUCGAGUAUCCAGGCUUGAGACUUUCCUUUAAAAGUUUCCACCUUGUGUGGGGGCACAACCCCCCCCCGCAUGCGUGGCUCCCUUUCCCCAAGGCUUGUGUAGGAGACAGUCCCACCCCUUGGUGCCCUCUGCCAGUGGCCCAUUGCCAGCAAAUCCCAAAGGGCAGCCCAGGGGGCAAGAACUGGAUCCAGAGCCCAUCCCGAGAGGAGAAUAACUGGUCGUGAUGGUGCUGUGUUAAUUUCCCUGCUUGCCUUUCUGGCUGUGGAGAUUCCCGCUCUUGGCUAUUAGUUUCAGUCCAAGCCUUGGGUGUGUCCGCCUUCUCGCCCGAACGGCUCUCCUGUUACGUCAUUCUGUGAAAUAUGCUCUUCUCACCCCACAGGCCAGAGCUUGGCAUGUUGCAGCAAGUUGUGCAGUAAGCAAAGAUGUACUGAGAAAGGGCCACACCCGUCCUGCGUGCUCCGUUUGGGGGAAUUAUGGAUGACUGCAGUGCCUGAAUAAUAGGAGGAGGCUGCCCCUGAAUGAAGCCCACAACCCCCACAACCCCUCCCCAAUUAGCCCCCCCAUUCUUCAAAAACCAGUUGCUACCUCUGGCCCAACAGUAAUCUAACAUCUGGAUGAUUGUAUAAUCUUUUUAAGUUUCUUGUGAAAUGGUUGUGGGGUGUGUGUGUGUGUGUCCUGCAGACAUUUGCUUGUUUUCUGAACAUAGCUCACUAUCUCUCGACCUGAACCUACUUUCCAUGGUUGUUGUGAAGCUAAAAGGGGGACAGUUGUUUUUGUUUUGUAACAUGUUACAGUAAAAGCAUAUUUGUAAAUAAUUUUAAGGUCACAGUCCUAAUUCUAUUGACCUGGGAUGAAGCCCCAUUCAGUUCGAAGUGACUCACAGUGCAAUUCAGAAGUUAAGUCGCUGAACCAAAAUUCUGCAGUUGCUCAGAGAAAUUAAUAAAAGAUUUAAAGUAGCUGCAUUUCUGAAGUAUUAAUGCUUGUUUUGCCUGCAGUGGAACAUUCCUCUUGUACAGAUACACAGUAUGGGGUUUUAUAAAUGCAGAAAAUGGCUUCUGCAUUUCUCCCCAGUUUCCUGACUUCUAGAAUGUGCUUCUGACAAAGCAGGCUUGGGUCCAGCCCACUAAAACUCCUGCUGCAGUAAAUCUGAUGGUUGUAAAGGAGCCACAGGACUCCUGGUGCCAGCACUCAGCAGAUACUGGCCACCCUUCAGGAGGGCUGCAAUAUACCAGCCUCCCCCAACGUUGUUCCCUCUUUUUCGUACCACAGCUCCCAUCUGGCUGGAGCUAAUGUAAAUUAUGGCCCAGCCUGGAGGACACCCAGUAUAUGUACCGCUAGUUAACAACAACAUCUUUUGAGGCUUUGGGGACCCUGACUCUUCCCUCCCUCCAGGUCCAGAAAGUCAUCAUUGUGUAGAGGGUAGAAUGUCAGGCUGGUUCAAAUCUGGCUCAGCUUAACCUCUGCAGGGUGGUCAUAGAAUGAUAGAGAUCCUGAUCAUAGAAUGAUAGAGACCCUAAGGGUCAUUGAACCCAAUCCCCUGCAAAGGAGGAGUCUCGACUAAAGCAUCCAUGACAGACGGCCACCCAGCCUCUGCUUAAAAACCUACAAUGGAGAAUCCACCACCGUCUUUUCCACAGUUCUUACCAUUGGUAGGUUAAGAUAAAAAUGGGUGUGGCGAAACCAUGCAUACUACCCUGUUCUCCUUGCAGGGAGAGAAAUGUGGUAAUUUUCUCUCUCUCCUUUGCCUCUAGUUGGGCAACUGACAUUUGGCCCAGGGGUUUCCUGUUGCUACCCUUUGAUUCUGUGGGAUGCCUUUGUGAAGAAACCAUCGACCAGUGUAGUUGUGUGAAGCUGCAAGCCACAGUUGACGUGAAAUACGGGUGGGAGGGAGGUGAAAUCUACCCCAGGCUGGCUCAUGAGCAGAGCUCUCUUGACUUGUAGGUGCUGGCACAGCCCAGCAACACACCCUUGCCUCUCCUUCCAGCUAAAUAACCAGCACUGCAAAAAUUAAAAAGGUUUGUUUUUUUAAUAGUGCUUUCAAACACUGAGUAGGAGAGCUGGCUUCUCUUCCUGCCUCCUCCCUGCUUUGAACUUAAUUAAGUUCUGCUGCAGAGUUUGGCAUGAUCUCAUUCUGGCUUGCUGUCUUUGUGGGUUCCGUUUGCAGCAGUGACGGCCUGCCUUUUCCUGCAAAAUACUUAUCAAAAUGAGAAAGCUUUCAGCAAUCCUGUUUUGGUUUAGAGAAGGCCUCCCCCCUUCUCACCGUUCCUGUGGAGGUAGACCUCUUGGGUGCGUCCUUUGGGGCAGCUCUGUGCCUCCCUCUCCUCCUUGCAGCCCCACAUUCCUCCAUGGCCACGCCCAGCCUUCCUUGGAGACGUGGCUCACACAAGCUCAGGGUUUCCAUUCUCUCAUUCUGAAGACUUCUGAAACUUGAGCAACACCUUGCUUUUUGUUUUUCUGUUUUUUGCCAUCUCCAGAGGGGCCACUCCCUUUCAGGCUAGCACAAUGGCCCUGACCAUGCCUAGUGAACAGUUGCCAGGAGCUCCUCUCUCUCCCCUUUUCUUGGACUUGAUCUGUGCAUCCAGACAACACUCUGAAGGCUGGUUCAAGGACUUGGCUGGGGCAGAAGGAAGGUGCCAAACGCAAGACAGAGAGAGGAUUGGGGCUUUUUUAAAAAAAGGGUGGCAAUGUUUAGUCAAUUGAUUGGUUACUUACUUAUUUCAUAAGAUUUAAACACCACUCAGUUGUUAAAACCCAAAGUGGUUUCCAAAAAAGAUAGAAAAGAAGAAGCGCGGGUGUCGCUGUGGGUUAAACCACAGAGCCCUGGGGCUUGCCGAUCAGAAGGUCGGCGGUUCAAAUCCCUGUGACGGGGUGAGCUCCCGUUGCUCUGUCUCUGCUCCUGCCAACCUAGCAGUUCGAAAGCACAAAGUGCAAGUAGAUAAAUAGGUACCGCUCCAGCGGGAAGGUAAACGGCGUUUCCGUGUGCUGCUCUGGUUCACCAGAAGCGGUUUAGUCCAGCUGGCCACAUGAUCUAGAAGCUGUCUGUGGACAAACGCCGGCUCCCUUGGCCAAUAAAGCGAGAUGAGCACCGCAACCCCAAAGUCGGUCACGACUGGAGCUAAUGGUCAGGGGUCCCUUUACCUUUACAUUUAAGAAGGAUUAACAACAAUAAUUUAUGACUUUUCAAAAGUUAAAAUAACAGUAAGCUAAAAACAGAUAAAAAUUUACAUCAGCUUUCUAAACAUCUAGGGUAGGCUUGACUACACAAUACUGUUUUUAGCAGGCACCAAAAUGGGUACUGUGAAGGUGCCUGCCUGACAUCAAUUGGCAGGGAGUUCCAAAGUGUAGGUGGUGCCACACUAAGACAUUGAGUUCUUUAAAAAUUCAGAGCAUGUAUUAGGUUGGCACCUGAGCCAGAAGAAGGGGCCUCUUGCAAAGCAAUCCAACUUGGAUGGCUUUUUUAAAGAACUGGACAGAUUCAUGUAGGAGAAGGCUAUCAAUGGCUCUGCUGUGCUUGCAGUGUUGGCUUCCGAAUCCCAGCUGCUGGAAGCCACAGGAGGGGAGAAUGCUCUUGUGCACAGACCCUGCUUGCAGGUGCCCCCCAGGCAUCUAGCUGCCCACUAUGAGAACAGGAUGUGGACCAUAUGGGCCAUUGGCCUGAUCCUGCAGGCUCUCCUUGCGUUCUUUUGAAAGUUCCUUCUAAGGAUUCUCCGGAGAGUUCUCCUUUGUGAAUUAAACUAUAUGGCUUCCACUGGGGCAGGCAGCUUAUUCUGUGCUGCCCCUGUUCCUCAUCUGCUUGAAUGACGCCAGGCUAUUCCGGCAUGCUCUGGUCAAGUUUUGAGCAUGUGUAGAUCUGAACUUGAAUCCAUGUCCAGCUGUGAUGCUGCCUUGAAAUAAUAAUUUUACCUAUUAACACACAUUUUAAAAACUCAAGGAGAAACAGAAAGGGCAUGGUGAUUAUGCCUCUGGUAUGGUUUGAGCUUUAAGGGUUAUGGUGAGUUUUCUGGAAUUAAGUAGCUCUCAGUUUCACAUGGCAUCCUUGGAGUGGGGUAAUGAAGGCCCUGCGGCUUGGGUGGCUGCCGCCCCCCUUGAUUCUCAUUCUGCCCCAUGGGAUGCAGAUGUAUCUUACUCUUCAUCACACUGGGCUAAACAACACAGCCUUUAGUUCCUUCUUCCAUUAGGAGCCAAGUGGUGUAUCCAGCUUUGGCAACUUUCAUACAAUUCAUUUAAAGCACUAUGAUCCCAACUUUAAACAGUCAUGGCUUCCCCCACCCCAAAGAAUUCUGGGAGCUGCAGUGCGUUAAGGGUUCUGAGAGUUGUCAGACUGUUUCCCUCUCAGAGCUCCAGUUCCCAGAGUGGCUUAACAGUCGAUCUCUCUUCCCAGGGAACUCUGAGAAUUGUAGCUCUGUGAGGGGAAUAGGGAUCUCCUAAAAGCUCUCCGCCCUUUGGGGGAAGCCAUGAGUGUUUAAAGUGGUGUCAUAGUGCUUUAAACAGAUGGUGUGGCCAGCGUACUUCUCAGGGUCUCCUCUGGGAAAACGUGGUUCCAGGGGAGGCUGGGCUAUGAUUAGUCCUCAGCCAGCCACCAACUGCCGACCUCCUUGCUUACAACCAGUCCAGGGGGUGGCAUGGCCUGUCAGCUGCUUCCCCCUCCUUCAUCUCUGUUAACCCACUUGGAACUCAGCAGGGAGAAGGAUGGGUUUGCCUGCCAUUGGCUCUUGCUCCCCCGCCCGUGGGGCUGCCCCUUCCUCCCUGCCAGCAUCAGCCGCCACUGCUUCGUUCAAUACCACCGAAUGGAUGCUAUGCCUUCUGCUGCACUUAGAUUUCGGUACAGUACAUCAUUUGGUUGAAAACUGAUUUGUGUCAAUUUCCCUGCAGGCUUGCAAUCUUGGUUUAAAGCUCUGUAUCGAAUGAGAGCUUGUGUUCCUUCUAUAAUAAGAAAGAGCAAACCCUUUGUGCUCUUUGUGUUUCCCAUUUCUGAGCUGUUGAUAGAUGUGACAGGGUAAACCUCAGGGUACGUGGCAGACCACUGUCCCUAAUACCUGUAUCAGGCAUAGCUCUCUUGAAGGGUGAACCGUUCUGUGCUUAAGAAAAAGCAAUAAUUUUUUGCAAUUGGACUAAAUUGUACACUUUAGGCUAUUCAGUUAGAAUCAAUUGAGUUCUGGGCAAUUUUGCACAAAUGUUAGGUGUACGCAAUUUUGGCUGGGUUUCCAUGCUAAGCUAGACCCUUAAUUUUUGUUGCUAAAGUCUAGGCAGUGCAAGCUGUGACAGAAUUAUAGCCUCAAUUACUUACUGGGCAGAGGAGAUUGCGGGAAUUGAUGUAUAUGCUCAGAUGGGGACUCAGGGCUACAGCGGGAGAGGGAAGGCAUUUUAUAGUCUGAUGUUUGCAAACACCUUGGGAACUCUGGCGUAGGGUUUUUCUUGUGUCUGUGUUUUCCAAGUCUCUAGUGCAGGCAGGCGUACAGAGCCUGUAUCUCUCCAUUGCUUCCCUCCAGCCUGACCAGCAGCUGAGGAUGAUUGGAGAGGGGCGUUUCCCACCCCUUCCCUAGUGGUUUGUGCAUUUCCAACUCUUCACUGCACUCAUGAGGACUAGAGGCCUCCUGCCGCAGUUGAAAAAUGCAAGAGUCUGCAGCAGCUUCCAGAUCCUGUGUAGUUGGCAGUCCACAGUUCACAGCAUAGUCACGCAGUUCAAGAUCUGUGACCUCAUUUAUCUUUUAACAAACUCAUCUUUGCAGAAUUCCCAUCUUCCUGCGCUCUCUCUCUCUCCUCUCCUCCUCCUCCUCCCCCAUGACUGGGCUGCAAUAACGUUUCUCUGAUUGGCCUCCAUUUACUACAGUGUUAUGUGGCAACUCAGCCGACAUUCCAAGGGCGUGUCGGCUGAAUCACUGGACUUGGUUCUCCCUCUGCCCUGCCUUUUUCUGCCUUGUCUCAACAAGCCUGCUUGGCUGUGGUUUUCAUUCAGUUUUGUAACUGAAGCUCUUUUAAAAAUCAGUUGGUGCUCUGGCCGAGGCUAUUUUUAUUGCAAUGACUUUCAACUCUUGGUGAGGGUAGGGCAGACAGUGGCAUUUCCUUUAAAUUAUUAUUAUUAUUAUUAUUAUUAUUAAAAUGAUGUAACUUUAAGUGUGUCUCUCUGUGUGUGCCAGUGUGGUGCAGUGGUUAGCAGACACUCCAAGUGUCCUUAUUUUCCAGGGACAGUCCCAGAUUUACAGAUGUCAUCCCGGUUUCUGAUUUGAUCUCGGAAUGUCCCACUUUUCCUUAGGACAUGACUAUUUUCAUUGGGAAAAUGUUGUGGGGGAUGGAGUUUUGUGACCGCGAAGCCAAGGAGAUAAUUAACUAUAUCAUCUUUAGAAGGCAUCUGAAGGCAGUCCUGUAGAGGGAAGUUUCUUUAAUGUUUUAUUAUGUUUUUAUAUAUGUUGGAAGCCUCACAGAGUGGCUGGGGCAACCCAGGCAGAUGGGUGGGGUAGAAAUAAUAAAAUGAUGGUGAUGGAAUAGGACAUCCCUAUUUUCAUCAGAGAAAUGUUGGAGGAUAUGGGUUAGAGUGUUGGAUUAGGACCUGGGAGAGACCUGGAUUCCAAUCUGGACUUUGCCAUGAAGUUCACCUGCCUCUAAACCUGAUCCUACCUCAAAGGAUUGUUGUGAGGAUAAAAUGCCAAAGGGGGGGGGAGGGCCAUGUGGGCCACCUUGAGCUCCUUGAAGAAAAAGGUGGAAUCAGGGCCAUCUUAAGCAUAUCCGGCACCAUGGUGCAAAGCUCCCUGUGGCCCCCCCCGUUUUCCAGGGUUUUUUUAGGGAGGUCGGGCGGGGCUGGAGGAGGCGGGCAGCGGCUGGAGGGCAGCUCCUUCUGGAGGGGAAGAGGUGGAGGCUGGAUACGGCACCUCCCAGCUCAGCUGGCCCCUUUGUGCCGCGGAGGCUCUGGGCGCAGCGCUGCUUUGGCGUGGCAUGGUGGAGGCGGGCGAGGGCAGCGAGGUAAUGCUGGGAGGCGCUGUGUCCAGCCUCUGCCUCUUUCCUGGCGCCCUCCAGAACUUGGCGCCAUGGUGCCCCAUGCCAAUAGCCUCUAUGGGUAAGAUGCCCCUGGGUGGGAUGCAGAUGCAAUAAAUAUAUGCAGGGCUUUUUUUUCAGUCGGAAUUUGGCAGAACUCAGUUCUGGCACCUCCCAGGUGGGCGCCAUUGCCAUUAUUAGAGAACGAGGGAGGCAAACCUGGUGCGUUCCAGCACCUCUUUUUCUAGAAAAAUCGCACUAAAUAUAUGAAUGGUACCUUACAGCUUGAUAAGCUUUGAUUAAUGAGUGAAACUGGGGGGGUAUCAAAUGUAUCAGGACACCCUAGCUGGGGGUGGGGUGGGGGCUCUGCAUUACUUAGGUGGUUUUUGAAGGAGAUUGGGGAGAGUCAGAGGAAGGUGGAUCCCAAUAGGCCUUGGAAGCACAACUAUUUAUUUGAAUUCCUUUAAAGCCACACCCUUUUUCCAUUCUGGAGCACAGUGACUUAAUGGGAACAGAACAUUAAAGCAAUAAUACAGUACAAAGAGUAUCGUAGAGUCACAAGACGGCAAUAAAAUGGCUGAGAUUAAAAUAUUGAUGGGACCACAACCCAGCAGCAGUCUGCUCUGUAACCCAAAUGCCUGGAUUAACGGGAAUGUCUUCAGCCUUAAAAGUUUUUUUUUAUUGGUUGGGGCAUGCAUUUAAAGCACAUCCAAUGCACAUAUAAAUUACAUUACUUUCCCCAAAGAACCCUGGGAGCUAUAGUUUGUUAGGGGGGCUGAGAAUUACAUGUUUUGCUUGGAGAACGGUGUUGCAAAAUUCGGAGGCCUGAGAUUUUGGAGAUUGCUGUGUUUCCCUUGCCUUAUUGCUUCAGGGACUUGGAAUUAGAUCAGCUCUUCUAGGUUGUUCUGAGGGUGGGGAUGUGGUGGUGGUUGGGGAAACCAUGGGGUGGACUGGAUGACCUUCUGGUAGAUAGCUGUUCAGCGCCACUCACUUUCAUGGCUGUGUGUUUCUACCAGGAAGGAAACUGCUUAUUGUCCACCUACACCCACACAAACACACCCACACACCCUGCUGUAACUGUUGCACCUUCAUAGGGUCACACAACAGAUUCAUUCUCUCUCUCUCUCUCUCUCUCUCUCUCACACACACACACACACACACAGCCAGUCCUCAGUAUAUUUGAAAAGUGAGCACAGCUGCUGCACACAGUGUACCAUUGUCAGAUGCUGUUUGGCAGCUGAAAUAUUUGUCUAACCUAAGGAAUUUGGGAGUUCUGUUCUCAUGCCGGAUUUCCAGGAAUGCAAUGGUGGGGCUUGAAUUCUUCUCAGCAACACCUUUUCUACAACAGCUGCCCCUCCGUCCCAGAUUUUUGAGCUCCUCCCAGCCCAACAGAGCUAUUUGGCUUGCAAAGGCAUUGAAGAUACAGGGAGUUUAAAAAAAACUUGUUGGAAGAGAAGAAAGCAGGUUAAAAUCAACACAUUUUCCCCCUGACUAGCUGCUUUGGCCUUUUCAACACCUUUGUUAUUUCAAGUUGCCAGCCUUUGUACUUCUGGGUUUUUUGUCUUUUUUGGUUUUUUUAAAAGACUCUUCCAAAUCUUCAAGUUACUAGUCCACAAAUGCUUUUCUGCCCUGCCUGCCUGCCACUCAUUUGUUGUCUAGGUUCUAAUACUAACAAAGGUUCUAAAGUUUUGUUUCCUGUUGAGUCUACCUGUUGACAGCCCCCAAAGUGGCUACUGUAAAACUGAAAUAUUGCAAUUAGUGCAGUAAUUCCAGAACAGUGCUAUGAGAGACCUACUACUUUACUGCAGUAAGUAAAUUGAAUUACCGUAAAUAUUGCUAUGAGUCUAAAGUAUGAAUAAAAAAGAAUGCCUUUAAGAGGCACUUCCACAGUAUUUCCUGUUAUUGGCCAUCACUUGCAGGGGACAGAGCAAGGCUCUGUGUCAGGGGAAAUUUAAAUUACCCAGUCACUCCUGAUGCAAAGUUAGAGUGGAAUUAGUCGUUGGAGGAGGAUUCUUGUUGCAUCUCUGUGUAAUAUGCUGCUCUCGGCUGGACUCCAUCCACCGAAGGCGCACAAACCCAGACAGUGUUGAACCAUAAGAGAUGGGGUCCUUACCCCUGUUGUUUCCAAUAGUCAAGCUCCUUGGGGCAGGAGUGUGUUUCCAGUUUUAAUCUGGAAUGUGGUCUGUGUUUCUGUGUGUCAUUUAACUGCUGGAAAUUUUUGGAAACUUCCUUAAGAUCAGUUUUGGUAUUUUGGCAUCUGAUUUUUUUUUUUAAUGUCAUGUGAGUGGAGAAGCCUAUAUCUCGGCAGUUAGGUAGAGAUGGUUUUGUUUCGUUUUUCUCCUUGACUAGGCUUAGCCUGGAACUUCAAACCAAAUACACAUUUUGACACUGAGGCUGCUGCAUUGCUCAAGUUCUAAGAAGGAAAUGGCUAAGGGCACCUGUAGACGUUCCCUAUUUAUGCUGGCCGAGGUCAAUGGGAGCUGCAAUCCAGAACCUCUGGAGGACACUGGGAGAUGGGCAGGGGUCCUCUGAACCUGGGUCACUGCCCCUUUGCACUGCCCCUUCAGGAUGUGAUUUGCAUUCAGUUGCUCUGCCCCCUUUUCUUCUCUUUGAAAGCCUGCAGCUCCUUUUUCUUUCAUGGGGCUUCAGGAUGGGCGAGAGAGGAGUGGAACCAGGAGCCUGUGAGUUUGGGCAUUGGCCAAGCCUCUUCCUUGGCCAGGACUCCUUCCCAUGUUUCACUCGCUGCCACACCCUCAAGCUGCCUUGUUCUCUUUGCCAGCUUUGUUAGCUGUUCCCUUGGUUGGGAGCACUUUAUUUAUUUGUAAAAAGCCUUAAUGGCGUUCUGACGUUAAUCCCUGCAUGACAGCCCUUUCUCCAUUUAAUUCAUACUUCACAGCCUGAAAGCCAUUUAUGCAACUAGCCUUAACUUACCAGAAUAAAAGAAAAUAUAUGAUCCACUUUGCCUUUCCUGUUUUUAAGCAUUCAGUUUCAUUCAGAAGAUCCCACCCUUCUUGUAUGUCAGGGCUCUGCCUCUCCUCAGGAGGAGGCCACCCACUUGCAGGAGCAGCAAAUGAAUGGUGAUUUUGAUAAAAUACAUAUUUUUAUUUAAUGGGCAAUUCUAGAAAAUAAAUUUUUUUAAAUGGCAACUGUAGCCCCAGUUGGGCUCCCUAAUCGUAGAUUGUAGCGUUGGAAUGAGUCCCAACUCCUACAACACUGGAAUCACAGCUAAAUAACCUGGACAGAUGGCCAUCCAGCUUCUGUUUAAUAACCCCCGUGAAGGAGAGUCCACCACCUUCCAAGGUAGUCUUUUCCACUAUGGAACAGCUCUUACGUCAGAAAGUUCUUCCUAUGGUUUAGUCGGAAUCUCCUUUCUUGGCAUUUGAAUCCAUUGGUUCAGGUUCCUGCUCUCUGGAGCAGCAGAAAACAAGCUUGCUCCAUCUUCCAGCCUUUGAGAUAUUAGAAGAUGGCUAUCAGAUCCCCUCUCAGUCUUCUUCAGGCUAAACACCCCCAACUCCCUCAACAUUUCCUCCUAAGGCUUGGUUUCCAGGUAGCUUAUCUUGGUCCUCCUCCUCUGCACAUAUUUCAAACCCUAAUAAAUGGAGGUAUUGCAGUGUGCAAGAAGGGAGGACUUGACAGUUUCUUCUGUGCUGCAGUCGGGUGUUGGUGAUAUAGUGGUUUGGGUGUGGAUCAUCCAAUAUAUGUGGAAAGCACCUGGUUGGCGAAUUUAAAUGAAAUAAAGAGCAUGAAAAUCUUGCAAAUGGGAGGAAAUUUCCCAUUGACAUUCUUUGCUGGGAUUUUUGGGGAAUUGAAAGGUAUUGAAAGAAGAUUAGGGUGAUGUUACAAAUAUCCUUCCUUCACUGCUGUCUAAAACAUGUUUUCUUUUGCAGCCUGACACCCUGUUGAAAUGUUGCAGCUGCAUACCCACUAUGCCUUUAAAACACACCGGAACCACAUUCUUUCCCUCAAAGAAUUCUGGGCACUGUAGUUUCCCCUCACAGAAUUGCAGUUCUUAGAAACAAUUAACAAACUACAGUGCCCAGAAUCCUAUGUGAGAAAGAAUGGCUUUUGAAUGUGCCUUAAAGGUAAAGCGUGUACUCGGCCUCAGUGCUUCUAUGCUCAAGCAGAUUGACUUGAACUCUUCUUACUUUCUUCCAGCCUUCUCUCAAGAUGUCAACGGUCCACGAAAUCCUAUCCAAGCUCACCCUUGAGGGAGAUGUAAGUAUUGCUCCAUUUACCCCCCCCCCCCGCUUCCCCCUGGCCCAUCCCGACUUCAAACACAUCUGUGUGCAUGUGGUGUAUUUAUGUAUUGGGGAAUGCCUCUUUUGAAUGGCACUCAAAAGUUCAAGCCGUGCAUCUCUCAGGCAGCAAGUGUUGUGAAAGUCCCCUCUGGAUACGCUGGAGGAAGUGGACCAGUGGCUUCCAUGUGCUCAGUGGGCAGUGCCAUGUGCUCAGAAAUGCAGACAUUCCCCUGGACUGAGAAUAGGCUCUUUCGAAAGUUGUUGUUUUUUACACUUGCACAGAAUAAACCUUUUGAGGUGCAAGAGUGUGCACCACUGUUUCUAACUCAGGGCGGAGGAGAGAGGUGGGGGUGCUUUGGUGUCCAGAGGUUUGGGAAAUGCUCUUUAAAGAAAUGUCCUCAGGCAGUCUCCUGAGUGAGUCACACCAGAUCUGUUAUUCCAGUGGGACCUGCCUGGUGGUGGGUGUGCAGCUACCAGAUCCCUUGAACUGUAGGGGGAACAGAUUGAGUUGAGGCCCUUCUGCAGGCCGGGCAUCUGCUCCACGGCUGAGCUACGAAACCCAUCCCAGACGUGUUCGAUGAUAAGCCAGCAAAAGAAUGUGCUUUUAUUCUGAGUGGUGUCAGCUUCUCCAUGGUGCAAUUAAACUUUUCCACUCGCUGCUUUUCUUGGCAUCAGAAAGGAGCAGAAUCUUCUGGAAAAUCUGUCUAUGGUGCACAUAGGCCAGCAAAAGGCCAGCUUCCACCUUGGCUGAGAGAGGUGGGAAUAGCCAAGAGGUGGUAGUUCAGUAAAAAAAAAAGGGGGGGUGUGUGUUUACACCCUCCACCUGGAGUCUUACAUUUUUAAAGGCUGUGCUUGAAUAACCUGUUUCACAAGCCUUGCUGGAGAGGAGGAAUUAUGGGUGGCAAUUCUGUGUUUGGAGGUUGCUAUCUAUCUAUCUAUCUAAUUAAUUAAUUAAUGUGGAUACUGUCCUUCAUCUGUAGUUCUUGGUGGUUCACAACAUAAAAGCACAAAAUACCUAAUACGAACAAGAACAACCCCGCUUUCCUUUCACCCCGUCUGAUCAUUGGCCCUUUUAGCUGCAAUAGUCACAGGUGCUUUUUCCCUGGAGCAAAGCUUACAAAAGGAAAGGAACCUCCACUCCCUCCCCUCAGGGAUCUUGGGGUGAUGGCAGUUUCCUAUUUUUGUGUUGCAAUACCUCAUAUUUUGUGCCAUUCCUGGCAGUGAAGCAAGUGGAAAAGAACAUGGCUCACCUCUUGCAGGUCUUGCUGGCCUCAUUGCACCGUUUCUGUUUUUGACAUUUAAAGAAGCAGAAUUUAUUUAUUGCAUGCAUUUGUACACAGCUUUCUGAUUUUUUAAAAAAGUGGCCCACAGAUAACAACUAUUUGGAAUUCAGUUACCUUUAAGCUGCACAUGAGACUAUCACAGUACUCAAGGACAAUAUCCUGGUAUUGAUAAUUAAAACAUAUAUUUUUAUUUAAAUGUUCCUUCUCUCCCAACACCAAUGAGAACAAGUUUUUUCCAGGGAAUGUGAAUGAAACAACUCAAAUUUGUACUUGGUAUGUGUAUGUUUAAUUUUCAGUUUCCAUUUGGGCUUUUCUUGUUGUUUUAGUGUGUUGUUGAAGUGGGUGGUCUUGUUUAAAUAAAUAGAAAGUUUUUUGCUUUUUUUAAAGACCCAUAAGACAGCUCACAGGCAAAGUUCUUAUACAUCAGGGAUGAGGAGACUGACUCCUAUCACCACCGCCAUCUGCUUUCUGGGGCUGAUGGGAGUUGGAGUCCAGGAAGGCCUGGUCCUGUCUUUGUUUUAUGCAUUGGGUCUGUUCUGUGAGAUAAGAAAGUAGCCGCCCUGUCAGGUGAGAAGACGGUGCCAUUUCCCCCAUGGACGUUAGGCAGGCUUUCCUCUUGCAAGAACAGAGCUGCUGAUUUAAUGGAGCCAGUUUGGAAGGUCAUUCCCCCCUCUCCUCUUCUCUCCCACAGCAUGCUCUCCCUCCAAGCGCCUACGCCACAGUCAAGGCGUACGGGAACUUUGAUGCGGAUCGCGAUGCCGCAGCCCUCGAAACCGCAAUCAAGACCAAAGGUAGGGCCGGGCAGGGGAGACCCUCUGUCCUCCAUUGGCAGCUGCCAUGUCCUUGACUAGCCACCGUCAAGCAUUACUUUAUUAUUAUUGCUUAUUAACUUUGAAUACCACCCUUCAUCCAUAGAUCUCAGGGCAGUUCACAGCAUAAACAUACAAUAUAAAAAACGCAAAAUACACAAUGCUAUUAAGAAUGAAAACAAACCAAUCAUCUCCUCUCCUACAACCCAAUUAAAAGGGUAUCAGAUGUUAAUCGGCCAAAGACCUGGUGGAAGAGGAAUGUUUUUGCCUGGUGCCAAAAGGUGUAUAACGAAGGAUCCAGCUGAACCUGUGUUACAUCCUUAGAUUAAACGACUGGGUGACACCCGUUUCUUUCCCAGGGAAGCUAUUCAGGAGCUCAAAAGCAGCAUGAAAGCAACUCUUUCUGGUAGAUAGGAGGUCGUUCCUGCAACAGCAAAUGCUUUGCCGUGUUGAGGCUCUUCUUGUCCCAUGUUGCAAAUUUUCUUUCACUGCAGGAAUGGGGAACCUGUGGCCUUCCAGAUGUUGUUGGACACCCAACCCACUCCAACUUCCUUGACCAUGGGGUUGCUGGGAGUUGGAGUCCAACGAUAUCUGGGGCACCACAGGUUCUCCACCCCUGGUUUAGAGCCUGACCCCACCCAGAAGGAGCUCAUUUUGGUAGCAAAACAUUCUUCUGGCCUACAAGGUAGGUUGAGAUGAAAGAGAUUGGGUGGUAGGGGCAAGUGCAAAGUAGCAAGGCCAGUGUGCUCAUGGCCGUGCACAGCAUUUCUGUUUUCCAGUCUGAGUCUGGGCAUUGGCUUUAAUGAUGCCAGAACCCUUUCAUCUCAUGAUAGUUUCAUAGCUGUGCUGUUUCGUUCUUUUGCCUGUCAGUACAUGCCAUACUUUGCAAAGGCAGAGCCUGUGGUGUGACUUUGGGCUGUGGAGCCUCAUUCUGUAUGGAUUAGUAUUGGGGGUGGGGGGCUGGACCCACCUGUAUUGAGUUUCAGAUUGCAAGCUUCUUGGGGCAAAGACCUGCCUUCUUCUACUUUGCAAAGCACCAUGCAUACAGGUAGUGGUUUAUACAUACAUAUAAACAAUAUGUUGCAGGCAAAACCUGCAACAAAAUCUUGCAGCUUGUUCAUAGGUGGAAUUGCAUCUGCUUAACCCCAAACAAUGAGUCACUGUGUAUACUCAGUCCUCAUUGGGCUGUAGCUGGGGAGGUGUUCCAGGACUUUUUUGAACUCUGACCAACUUUGGGGUCCCUCAUCAUAUGUAUGAGUGGCUUACUUAUUACAGACUGCUACUGCAGUUACCUUUUGUAUUUGUGAUGAUGCUCCCGCAGCUACCAUGCUGGCUUGGUAACCUGUGAAUUGGAGGUGGCAUUGCAGAAUUCAGUCCAUUGCAUUGCAUCCUUGCUUGACUUGAACAGGAUUGGCCCUUAACUGAUGGGCCUAUUUUCUGCAAAAAACCCUCAUCAUUCUACCAUUUGUGGGGCAGAAGGGAGAUAACAAAUGUGCAAAAAUGGAAUUCACCUAGUUUGGAGAAACGGGGGGAGUCCUGUGGUUACUUCAUGGAACAUCUGGAUCUUUCUCAGAGCAGUGGCGAGAAGCUCUUGCACAUCCCUUCAUGUUACUGAGAGCAAAAGCCUGAAGCAAAAUAACUAUUGGAAACACUUUGACCAGCCUGGCAUGAUUGGCAGGCCACACCUUAGUUUUUAAAAAUUGGAGAGAGAGAAGUGUUGAUGGAGUAAAUCAAAGAGAGCACACCUGCUGUUUUUGCUCUGGGGCUUUGUAUGUACCAUGCAUCUGUCAAGCACUCUGAGAUGCCUGAAAUUUCGUUUUUAAAAAUAAAGAACAUGCUUCUGGCCCUCAGUGUGGUGGGGAAGGAAAAAUACUCUUUGGACCCCACAGCCCUAAUCUUUAUCUUUUUUUCUUCUCCUAUUCCUUGCUUCAGGUUCAUUAUAUUUUUUAGUGAAAGAGGAGAAAGUCUACAAACCUCCCUUGUUGUUCUUUUUUUGUUAGAUCAUGGCGUUUGCUGUGGCAUGCCCCUGGGCGUGGCAAGUGUAAGUUGCCCUUUUGCAUGUGAGAUGUCAAACGGAAACCUUUUGAUAUAAUGUGAACCUUUUGAUAUAAAAGAUAAAUGGCCACGCAAGCAGCCACAAAGGCGAGGCUCUGCUCCUCCCUGCUGGAGCAAGCUCCUCCUGAAGGCGGCACUGGAGGAGGAGGAGAGGAGGGGCAAACCAUCACUUUACAGGAGGUUGGCUAGUAGUUCAUCUCACACCGGUGUCCUGAAAGGAUGCUACAGCUCACAGUUGCAGGAGCUCUCCACUUUGGAACUUCCCCUUUGCAGGCCAGCUUCAUUCCUUCUGUUUGGCUGUGGGCCUGUGCAGUAAUUCUCACUAGUUACUAACCACAUGGCUGUGCUCUGCCGCCACAGUUGGAGGCAGCAAGGCUUCCAAAUACCAAUCUCUGGAAGCCACAAGGAGGCAAGAGUGCCUUUGUGCUUGAAUCCUGUUGUGGGUUUCCCACUGUAAGAUCACAAUGCUGAUCUUGGCCUGAUCUAGUCAGACUCUUCUUACCCUGAAGCCACAAUGGACCACAGAGUAGCAAAGCAAGGCGCAUCUGUUAGCCAGUGGACAAAAGUGUCUUUUCUGUUUGCCAGAUUAAUCAGAGCACUGCAACAGGAGAUUAAGAACUCCCUCCUUCCCUUAAGACUGAAAAAGAAGAACUCUGAGCUCCAUUCUUCCCUGAACAGCUCACUGCCCCUCCCCUGUCUCAGCAGCUAUGAGUCAGCAUCCUGCUUCUGAUAUCCUCUUACCCUGAAAUGCAAAGGGAUUUUUCCAACCCUCACCUCCUGCUCCACAUAAGCCAGAAGAAUGAACACAGCCUGUUCCACUAUCUCUGCAGACUUUGGAAGUGGCACAAUUCUGCAUUCUUCCUUGGGGAGAGUGACUUUUCCUGUCCACCUGCUCUGCACUCCUCCUUAACUGCUUUUUGUCAGGACUAAGCUGGGUCUCCCUGUCUGUGGUUUGGACACGGUUGAAACUGGAAAAAGUGCCCAGCAUUGAUGCAGGUCCAUGAAUGAAUGAGAGGAUCUGUAUAGAUAUACAAUGGGGCAGUGAAGAGUUUUCUGUGCACACAAAUAUCUAACUACACUUGAUGACCAGCAGUAGAACAUGAGAAGGGAUUCAGUUGCAUCCUAUCCUUUAGAUGGCAGGCUCAAGCAUUAUUAUUUUUUUACUGAAAUUUCCCUGGGCAGUUAAAAUUGUCUAAGCUUUAGCCUGCGUAAAGUUUUUUAAUUGUUGUCUGUUAUAAUUUUUAUUGUUGCCUUGCAUAAAUUUAUUAUUUUAUUGCUCAUUUCCCUGGAAUUGGAUGAAGGGUGGUAUCUAAACUGUGUUAGUUUGCCAUGUGAUGGUGUAUUCACUUAGAGAUCAUCUUUUGUGGUCCAUUCCAAUCUGUCUCUUUGUAGCAGCGUAUGUGGGUACUUCCGUUUUCUGAGGCAUCAGCAUUUGAUCAAUAAAAACCACCACCACCAUUGACUUUCAAAAAUGCCCCCAGUUUAAACUGGGGAGUAAACAUAUAAAAUACUUUUAAUACAAGCACUCAUGGAAGCUUCAGGUGCCCAGAGGCUUCCUCUUUUUCUCUUGCCCAGGAGGGAAGCCUCUUUUGAAGCAGCACCUGCUAUGGCUCAUAUAUGAGUAAACUAAAAACAGAGGUUAUUGAGUUGUUUUUUAACCCUCCUAUUUAAAUGUAAUUGAGCUAAUGACCCUAUGAGUUUUAGUUGAUUUAUCAGCUCAGGUUUCUUUAACUGGGUGGCAGUUGUUCUCCAUGCGCAACAGCCUUCUCAGGAGGUUAGGCUGAGAGUUUGUGGCUGGCUGAACCCACCCUACAAAGGGUUGCUCUGGCUGAAAUCCAGUAUUAGUCAUCACUUUGUGUCUCUCAUGCAUAUUUCUGCUGCACCCCUCAAAUGCUCAGUGAGUCAUCUUUUUCUUCAGUGAUUCAUAUUCUGCCGUUUGUGUGAAAUGUCCCUGCAAGAACGGGCGGAUCCUGUGAGCAUCCCCUGGCCACAGCCCCGCAUGGACUGAAAUCCAACACCAGGAAAUGCCAGCACAUCAGUAAAGCCUGGCCCAAGAUAUUUUGCUGCCACAAGCAGCAAAGCCUAAAUAACAUCCUUCCUUCAUGAGUUAACAUUUGACAUAAGACCCGCUGAAAUGAAUGGGAGCCACCAAACUGCAUGCUAGUAGUCUUUCUGUAGAGUGCAGGGAUAUUUUUGGAUUUUAAAAAAAAGUUUUCUAGACCUCGACAGUGGAAGCAGCAAUUUAGGAAGACUAAGGUGGUGUUCCUUUUUUUUGCUUUUGCAAUACAGUAGUACCCUGGUUUACGAACUUAAUCCGUUCUGGAAGACCGUCCUUAAACCAAAGCAUUCUUAAACCAAGGUGGGGGACUCAACUUACACUCAACAGGAAGCCGAACAUGUUCUGCUUCCAAGGCAAAGUUCACAAACCAAAACACCUACUUCCAGGUUUGCAGCGUUCUUAAUCCAAGUUGUUCAUAAACUAAGCUGCUCUUAAACAAAGGUACCACUGUACAGCGAUGUUUCCCACUGGGCCACCUUUAAUGGCACUCUCCUCUCACCUUGCCUCAAGGGAGGGCCACCUCUGUAUCUGGAACAUUAGGUAAAGUGUCCGUGGUGCGUGCUAGGGGAUGUACAUAACGUGGACAUGAUAUGGUCCGUGGACAAUUUGCCUGAAGCCAGUUGCUAACCUUGUAUCCUCCCACUACAGUUCCCAUUGAUUGACUGAGUUUGCUUAUAUGCUGCUUUCGCAAAAGGAGCUGUGCUCAAAGCGGCUUAUAGCAGCCAUUCAAAUCAUUAGAACAGAGAACACUAGAAAUACAAAUAUACAAAAUACAGAACGUGUCAGUAAAUUCAAAAUAAGAAAAACCAACAAUUUAGCAAACAAAGCACAAAUUUAAUGUUACAAAACCAAACCAAUCCCAAUCUAGGCUUAAGUACAUAAAUAAAAAGCAAAAGUGAAAAAGUGAAAUGUUUGUCCUAGCCAGCAUCUAGUGGAAUGCUCUUUGAAGACAGUGUGGCACAGUGGUUAGUGUCUUAGACUACGGAGACCCAAGUUCAAAUCUCUGCUCAGCCACAAAGCUCAUUGGGUAAGCUUGGGCCAGCUGCUUUUUUCUCAAAACUAAUCAACCACACAGGGUCAAUCUGAGGAUUAAAGAAAAAGGUUGGAGAACUUUUAUAUGUGCUGUCUGAGCUUUAUAGAUAAAGUGCAAACAGCCUUAAAGUUUUAUUACUUUCAAGUGGUAUAUAAAUUUUGUGAAACAAAAAUAAAUGUAAAAAAUGUAAAUAACUUGUAUCUCAUUUCCAUCUGUUAUUAUAACUGUUCUCCCUGUUUUAUACACAUUAUAAAAUGAAUUUUUUUAAAAUGCAAAAAGAAGAAAAUGUUCAAUGAAGAGUGGGCUAUAAAUAUUGCAAAUCAAUCAAUGUGCAUUGUUGUGCUUUUUUUGUAAUCUUCUGAAAGUUUUGAGGAUUGGGACACUGUUUUUGAAAACCCAGCUGGCCCCGGGUUUGCCUUUUAAAUCUUUGCAGAAACUACAACAUCCAGACCUCUUGCCAAUGACCUGUUUGCUCUCCCUUCUCUCUCCCUAUGCAGGUGUGGAUGAAGUGACAAUUGUCAACAUCCUGACCAACCGCAGCAAUGAGCAGCGCCAGGACAUCGCCUUCGCUUACCAGAGGAGAACUAAGAAGGUACUGAAGGAGGCCAAAAGCUACACUAUACUGCGAGAGGUAGACCUCUCCUUCUCCCAUCAACUUGUCAGAUCCCCUUUUAAGGACCUCUGAGCCAGCGGCCAUCACCAUACCUUGUAGCAAUGAAUUCUAUAAGCCACAAUUUGGAUGAGCUUGCCCAGAAAAGCGGCUUAGAAAUACUGUCCAGUGAAUAAAAGUAGAUAGAAUUUGAGCUUUCUUUUAAACGUGGUUUGGUGUGUUGUCACACAGAACUGAGCCCCACAGAAGAUAUCACUAAAAUAGUGGCGUUAGUGCAUUCUUUCCAAGAACUGCUGUGUCCUGACUCAGUAGCUCAUAAGAAGAGCCUGGCUGCUGGAUCAGACCAGGAGGCCAGUCUGCUCUGUCGUUCUGUUCCUGCAACGAUUAACCUGAUGCCCACAGGAAGCCCACAAGCACCUCCCUCCCAAUGUUGCCCUUUGGGGACUGGUAUCCAGUGGCUACUGCCUCCGGUACCGGAGAGCCUAAAGCUGUCAUGGCUUGUGGCCACUGUAGGGCUGUUGUACAUUUCAGUGAAAGACUUGCAUGGGAGAACUUGGUUUCAGCUACAUUUAGAAAAUGAUCAUUUCCACUUUCACGGUUGUUAGCUGGUCUCUCGUGUUCCAUCCUGGCUUUCUGCAAUCGGAGCCAAACCUCCAAUUAAGCCAGAGUGCCUAAAUGCCAAAGGAUUCUGAGAGACAGUGGCAACAGGCAACCAUCCAAUUCCUCAGUGGAAAAAUAUGAGUCAGGAGUAGAGGGAAAGGAAAUGGAUAGGAGAUUACUUUUCCUGGAUGAGUUUCCUGGGGAAGAAAUGUUUCCACUGGGUUUUCUUCACGACAUUGCAAAUGGCAAGUCAGUUAAUGUUCUUUGGAAUCAAGAAGGUGGUCCUGUUUGUUUUGAAGGCUGGGGUUCUACAUUUUAUGAGAGAGAGAAAAGAGAGGGAAAUGUCCCACCACUUAAAUCGUCUUUGCCCCCCACAGAAUCUUUUGUCUCCUUUAAAUCUGUCCAUUGCGCGCUGAAUGAACACUUUCCUACUAGGUUUAUGAGUGUGAAUUUAGUUUGUGUGAUCAAAAUUACAUGUUCUCUUGCUUUUUUUUUUUACACAAAACUCGUUUACCUUCUUGGAUGGUAGAAUAUAACAAGGUAUUGGGUUGUCAUUUACCUUUAAAUAGAAAGAUUUUGAUCACUUCCAAAAGACCACUAUGUCUCCCCUGCAAAUCAGUAGGGAAAAACAACAGAUUUAAAGACUUCAGUCACUCAGAGGAGCAAGCACCCAGAAAUCUGAAAUAGGUACUAACUUUGUCACCCUCUUUCCUGUCUUUAGGAGCUCUCUGCAGCUCUGAAGUCUGCUCUGUCUGGGCACCUGGAGACUACUAUCCUGGGUCUGCUGAAAACACCGGCUCAGUAUGAUGCUUCUGAGCUGAAAGCGUCCAUGAAGGUAUGUGAAAUGAGGAACCCCCAAAAGGUUCAUCGUUGAUGCUUGUCUCCAUCACUGAAACCCUUCUCAAUCUCUCAGCUCUCACUGUCAAAGAAAACCUUCCGUUAUUGAAGGGACCACAAGGCUCAUCUAGUCCAACUCCCUACACAAUGCAGGAAUCUUUUGCCCAACGUGGGGCUCGAAUCCACAACCCUAAGAUCAAGAUCACUGAGCUCAGGAUGCUUCCCACGUUUCAGCGCCUAGAUUGCCCGUGUAACUCGGAUCACUGUGUGUUAUCGACACUGAACAGGACCCACAACAGUGAGCGUUGGAGUUGCUGUUAAAAUUAGUGUUUGAAAUAUUAGUAUUUCUUCAUCAUGUUUAAUCCCGCCUUCCCCCAAGGAGCUCACGGGGGCACAUGUGGUUUUCUUCUUCCCCACUUUAUCCUCGCAAGAACCCUGCAAGGUGGGUUAGACUUGUGACUUUCACAGCCGAGCGGGGAUUUGAACCCUGCUCUCCCAGGUCCUAGUCCAACGCUCUAACCGCUACAGCAUGCUGGCUCUUUAAAGAUCUGUUGUUUCCCCAUCACCACUCAGCUGCCAGUGCCAGUAGGGAGGGGGGAGUGAGAUUUUGGUUCCCACCUAAUUCACAGCUCCCAAACUAGUAACUGAACUGAAGUGUUUCAAAAUUCGCACUUCUCCUAAUUUUGUGAUGCUGUUCUCCAACCCAAAAAUGUGAAUGUUUGGGGAAAGUGUGUAUUAGUGAAGGUGACAUGCAAAAACAGAUUAUGCCAGGGGAAAUGACUUGCAAAAAGCCUGCGUAUUGCACAAAAGUGUGCUCAAAAUGGGUAUCCUUAGAGAAAUUAUGCGUGAAAACAUACAUUUUUGUGCAUUUUUUAAAAAAAUAAUAAUCUCAAAACUGAUGCAGAAAUGGUCCAAACUGAAUUUAAACUUGGGGGAAAUGAGAAACUGAAAUGGAAGGGAUUCCACCACCGCCCCUCACUCAAGCCCAUCAUAUCAGUUAGGCAUUUUGGUCCUGUGGGUGGUACUCAGCCAAGUCCUAUGCAGUGUAGACGCAUUGAAAUUCAUAGGCAUGACAAAUGUAGGUCAAUUAAUUUCAGUGGCUCUGCUCUGAGCAGAACAUAACUGAAUGCCAUCUUUUGUAAAGAUCAACUCUUGAGCUCUCCAGCCUGCGAUCUGUUUCGUGUAGAAGUGCUCCACUCCUCGGUCUCACGACAUGGGCAGGACUUUGAUUUUCCUGUCCCCUAAACUUCACCCGCACUCCUGGAUUGCUCUAGUCAGUACACAGAGUUCUGCCUCCUCUUUUUCUUUAUCCAAUGCUGCCCUCUGCUGUCUCAGCUCAGCACUGUUGCCAAAUGUAGCUUUUAACUUCUUCGUUAACAGUUUGCCACACUGUUUUCUGCCGUAGCCUGCUGUGUCUCAAAGCUUUGUUCAAAUGCUUCCUAGCCCUUUUUCUACACAUUUAUCGGGGCUGGCACUUCUCUUUACGUUGUGGAGCAACCACUGCACACCCUUCUCCUGUGCCUGGGACAAGCUUUUAGGAAAGUCAACUCCCCAUUUUAUCCUCACGACAGCCUUGCGAAGUCGGGCAGAUUGGGAGAUACUGACAGGCCCCUGACCACCCAGCGAUUUGAAUCUGGGCCUCCCUAUUCCUCAUCCAGCCCCCAAAUCACCAUGUACCACACUGACUUUCUAUUUGAAAAAGCUUUUCGAGAUGGACUGGAGAGCAAACAAUGUAAAACAUGUUUUCUGAAAAACAAUCGGCCUUUGAAAUCCUGGGGGCUUCCAUGUCACAAUUGUGGAAGCUCUUGCCCUUCCUUACAGGCUAGAAAACUCCCAGUAUUUGUUUUUUGCAACACUGUCACAACAUAAAAUAGAAACAUCGCCACCCGACCUCUUUCCCUCUUUUCUUACUAAUGUCUCAACAAAUGAAACUGAUUUGUAAAAAUGUUAACAUGGGGGGGGGAAUACAAGAGAAAGACAUUGCACACACUUUUGUAAAUAAAAAAAGAUUUUUAUUUUUUUUAAAAGAAGACACUGUCACAACUUUCACUACAGGGGGUUGGACUAGAUGACCCUUUUGUGUCCUUCCAACUCCACAAUGCUAUGAUUCUCUGCAUGGCAUGUUGACAUAAGCAAAUGGACAGAUCUCUGUCCCAUGGAGCUUACAGUUUAAACAGGGAGAACAAUAGAAUGGAGAACUAGCAUGUCAGGAGGAAGGCGAGGCAACAGUUUUUCUCCCCAACAUCUGGUUUCCUACACCCUAGAAAUAUACGUGCAGGAGCGUUCUGUUGUUCAUGCACCACCCCCAGUGGCACUACAAUCCAGCAACAGUUUGAACAUGUGGCAAGGUCAGUUUCUACAAGGGAUGCAGAAGGUGUGGCCUCCUUGACAUUGCUGGUUUCCCAAUACUCCUGAACAUCGGCUGUGGCAGAUGGGAGUUGGAGACCAAUAGCAUUGCGAGGGGCCACAUGGACUCCCCAGUGUACACUGCUCAUCCUGGAGUUGAAUUUUAAAUAUUUUGACACGGAAAAGUAUCUUGCGCCCCAUCAUUUCCAAAGGGCGUUCCCCUCCCCUUUUCUAUUUCAUUGCUGUCUUAGUCCCUAGAGCCACGUUGCAGUAGAAAACCAAGGAAAUUAAAUGAGUAACAUGGUUGAAAGCACUUCAUUUAUCAAUUAUGCAUCUAAUUCUGAAGUCAAAGGUUGCGUUAUUCUUGUUUUUUGUUAAAGAGGCACAUAAAAUAAGUCUCUUUAAUUAUGCUCUUUCCUUAAAAGUUCUCCAACAUCCUUGCAGCCAGAGCUGCUUUAUAAAUGAUGCCUGAUGGAAGUGGAACGGAACAAAAAUUAACGAUCUUGUUUCCAGGCCUUUGGCGGGGAUUGUUUUGACUGAACUGUACCAGGGAGGGUCAUUGAGUUCCCAAAGAGUUUAAUUAACACCUGAUCCCUUUUCAUGUGGAUUAGUAAUUUUCUUAUUGUAUUAACAGCUUCAUAAUUGAUUUACACUUUACUCCCAGUUAAUUCAACUUUUAGUUCAAAGCCGUAUUUUUGUAUUCAGUUUUAUAUGUUCAGCAUGCAAGGGAGAGAAAUCUGCUGAUUAAAUCUUGAACUUUGAUCAUUAAAAAAACCCCUCACACUUUGAAAUUUAUAUUUUAUAAUAUAUGUCCCUUGAACUCGCUCAGAUUGUUCAAAAUAUAUGAAAUCUGAAUAUUGGUCUGUCAUGCAAAACGUAUUUCUGUUCUUUGCUAUUAACAGGGAUAAUAAAAUGUCUUCGUCUAUUUUUAAAAGGCUCACCUGUAUAUUGAUUCCUGCUCCCCUCCUUUUUUGUGAAAACAAUUUUGAGAUGCAGUGUUUCUGGGCACUGUGCUUCUUAAAGAGUGAAAAUCUUUCCUGUUCAUUUCUGCUUGUAAUCCCAAGUUGUACGGGAUCAAUUUCAGUCUGUUACCUACAAGGAUGUGGACAGGCUGCUUGGAUGAGUGAAACCGACCACUUGUCUCCUCAUAAAAGUGAACCUGCAAUGGGCUUUGUGGGGUGGUGAAUGUUCCCCUCUGUGAGUGAGUCUUCCCAGACCCCCUUAAAAAGAAGUCAUUAAACCGCUUCUUUAAAAAACCCAUAAUUGGACCCAGCAAUUUUUGCCAAUUAUUACCCAAUUUCAGACCUUCCAUUCCUGGACAAGGCAACUGAGUAGAUGGUUGCUGAACAACUCCAGGCAUGUCUGGAGGAUGUGAACCAUUUGGCUCCCUUCCAGUCAGAAUUCAGGCCCCAUCAUGGGGCUGAAACUACCUUGAUCACGCUGGUCAAUGAUCUCUGGCAGUCUAGUGGCAGAGGUGAAAGCUGUUUCCUAGUUCUGCUGGAUCUCUCAGCGGCCUUUGAUACCAUUAGUCAUGGUAUCUUUCUGGAGCAAUGGGGUGUGUGUGUGUUAGGAGCUGCAGCCACUGUUAUACAGUGGUUCCGCUCCUUCCUCCUGGGCCAUGACCAGAAAGUGGUGGUGGGGGUGAGUGGUCAGACCCCUGGGCUCUCACUUGUGGGGUGCCUCAGGGUUCUGUCCUCUCCCCCAUGCUUUUUAACAUCUAUAUGAAGCUGCUGGGAGAGAUCAUCAGGGGGUUUGGGCUUGGUGUUCACCAGUUUGCGGAUGAUACCCAGCUCUACUUCUCCUUUAAAUUAGAACCAGUGAAGGCAGUGAAUGUCCUGUGUGAGUGCUCUCCUUCAGAAUUCAUUUUCAGCCUUGGAAUAGAUUUUUGUUGGUUUGUCUGAACAUACACAAUUCUGCAAUGAAGGCAGCAAACAAGAGCAGUAUUCUGAAACUGACUGUUCAAAGCAGGUUGAGUAGGAUAUUCUCCUCACACAGGGCCCUACCUUUAGGCAGAGUGAGGCAACUGCCUCAGGUAGCAUAUAUUGGGGGACCAGUGUUCCCCUAAGCUAGCCUGCUGCCCUCAGGUGCUGUGCAGAAUGAUAUAUCAUGGUUGUUGUGGCAGUAACUGUCAACUGCCUCAGUCUAGCUGGCUUCUGUAUGAGGAAUGAGGGGAAGGUGCCAUCUUGUAAUUUGCCUCAGGCAGCAAAAUGCCUUGGGCUGGCCCUACUCCCUCAUAACAUUUUUAUUUUGAUAACAAGCAGAAGCCACACUUUUUUUUGUUAAAAUCUCAUCUCACUGAGUAUAUGUACCUAUCAAGAUGUCCAUUUCCGCUUGCAUUUCAGGGUCUGGGAACAGACGAAGACACGCUCAUUGAGAUAAUCUGUUCACGGACAAACCAGGAGCUGAAUGCAAUCAACAGAGCCUACAGGGAAAGUAAGUUGACCAGGAGGGAUGGGUGGAGGGCUGAGUUUUUCCUUUGGGGGCAGAUCCACACCAUAGAUUUUAAAACACAUUCAGCAGACAUUUAAACCACAUGGAUUUCCCCCCAAGAAUCUUGGGAACUGUAGUUUGGUAAGGAUGCUGGGAAUUCUAGCUCUUUGAGAGGGGAGACUCUACUUUCCAUGAUUCUUUGGGGGAAGUCAUGUGCUUUGGCGGUAUGGUGUGGAUCUGUCCUUAGAUAAAUUGCCCUCGGAAUGAUUUGAGGAUUGACCUGCUGAUACCUUGAUUGAUGGGUCCAGCGACACCAAGCAUUUUGUGGUAAUAGGUUCAGAAGCUCAUUUGCAGUCGCAGAGGUGUAGUCAGGGUAAGUACUCUGGGCAUGUGAGGCCACUCCCUUGCUGAAGCUAAGUGUCUGGUCAGUUCCUGGAUGGGAACCAGGUGUAUGCUGCCUUAGGUUCCAUGACAGAAGAAAUGUACAGUAUAAAUGUCAGAAAACAGAGGAGGGGUAACUUAUUUUUCAGGCCUAAAAGUGAGGUGUAAAAUGUCCCAAAGUAUUUCAAUUUUCGCACCAGAUGCAGUGGUAGGGAAAGAGUGCCUAAUUUGCUGGGCCAUUCUUAGAUCUCAUAAAAGUCCUUCCUUGUUUUAACGAAGCAAGAGUUAGGAGGAGGUGAGAUUGUGCAAAGCUGGUGGUGGCUGCAUUAAUUGGCUUUUAAAAUAAAUAUUUAUGUGAUGAUGUUGCUUCAUAAUGAGUAGUGCUUGGGGCUUUUACUGUCUUAGAAAAUGGGUGGGGCACAAGUGAGUUGAUGAAAGUUCUGUAGGCCAUUGCUUCUUUAGUUGGAAGGACUGUGAACCCCACACAGUUCUGGGGUCAGGAGGGUCCUGUGGAGAUGGGGAGUCCGGGGGGGGGGUGGACACAAGAAGCCACUGGAAGGGACAGAGAGGGAUAUGUGCUACAGAAGCAUGAAUAUUUGAUCACAGGAUGCCCUCUUCAGUUUCUGAGACCUUCACAGACACUUUUGCUAGACACUUGAUUUUUGUUUCAUACAAAGACUGACUUCCACAUAGGGCCAAAUUCUGCACUGGGAUCUAGGAUGAAGAAAACAUGCACAUGGGUCUUAAGCUCAGCUUUUCCUUUUAACAACUUGGCUUGAGCUUCCAGAGGAUAAGUAACUGGGACUUGCUUCUGAGUGGAUCUGGACAGGAUUGCUCUGCCACUUAGAAACAACAAAAGCAACCAAGGGUUUGGGCUCUUAUUCUGCUUAGCAAGUCUCAGUCCCUUAGAAAAAGGAAAAAGAAUGAUCUCUUUGAAAACAAUUGGAAAACGGAAAUGAAAAGUCUGGGUCAGUCAUCGUGACGAACCUUUUCUGUCAUUGUAAAAACAAGCCUAUGUGGGCACCCAGCUUGUGUGAUCUGUCACAGCUUGAUUCUACUUUAACAAACCUCAUUUGGGACAAGCUCCAGUUUCCAGAGUUCGUAUGUAAUGAGUUACUGUGGUUUGAAAGCAGAGGUUUUGCAGUUUAUUCCUAUUCUAUGUGAAGGAGGGGAGGGCGAGAAUUUCUGGUUUAAUUUUUGAGCUGUAGUUUCCUCUUUUGUCUGAACUCAGGAAACUUUUCUUCUAACUGUGGAUAGCUAAAAAACUAGGAUCGGGUUUGUUUUUGUAACAGCACAUCAUGAUUUUUCAUUAUGGCUGAACUGGGCUUCAGAAAUGUUAGUAAUAGAGCCUGCUUAACCAGUCUUCCUUGAUUUCUUUUUUUUAGUGUACAAGACUGAAUUGGAAAAAGAUAUCAUCUCAGAUACAUCUGGCGAUUUCCGCAAGUUGAUGGUGGCUUUAGCCAAGGUAAGACUCUUCUGGUCCAGCUCCCUUUUUCCUCUGGUUAUUUUAACUUAACUGUUUGCUUCAAGUCAUGGUAAGAACUCGAUGUUUUAGUUUGGCAGCACUUGCACUUUGGAACUCCCUGCCUAUUGACAUCUGACAGGCACCUUCACUGUACCUUUUUCAGCACCUGCUAAAAACAUUUUUGUUUAGACAAGCCUGUCCAGAGUGGUGGUAUCUGUGGCGGUGUUGUAUGUUUUAAUCUGUUUUUAGCUUAUCACUGAUUUUAGUUAUUUUUUGAAUGUUUUAAAUAGCUGCUUUCAAAUGUCUUCAUUGAAAAUUGUACUGUUUUAUGAACCAACCUGGACCCUGCAAUCACCAUCCAAGUCCCUUCUUCAUGGGCCUCCUCUGCAAGAGGUCUGGAGAGUAACAAGCUGAGAACGGGUCUUUUCUGUGGUGGCUCCCCACUUGUGGAAUUAUUUCCCCAGGGAGGCUUGCCUGGCACCUUCAUUACCCAUCGUUAGGUACCAAGCAAAAACAUUCCUCUUCUCUCACGGCUUUGGCUAAUUAAACAAUCUAUGGCCUUUUAAACUGUGAGGAGUGUAUGCGUGUUAUUGUUUCAGUAACAAACAAAAACAGUAACACACACCCCGCUUAAAAGGCCGUAGAUUGUUUAAUGAGCCAAAGGCCUGGGAGAAAAGGAAUGUUUUUGCCUGGCACCUAAAGAUAUGUAAUGUUAUGUAUUUUUAUAUUGUAAACCAUCCUGUGAUCCUUGGAGGAAGGGCAGAGUAGAAUUAUUAUUAUUAUUAUUAUUAUUAUUAUUAUUAUUUUAUUACAAACUGCUUUGAGUUUUUUUCUUAGAAUCCAAUGGCAUAUGAAUUUCAUAAAAUAAAUAAAUAAAGGACUGUGGCCUAAAUGUGUAAGGGAUGCCACAUAGAAUUUGAAAUUAGCUCUUACGGCCAGAUCUUAAGGAUCCACUUCACCCUUGAGAGCCAAUAGCCAUAAUGUCAAACCCCCGUGGCCCCCCCUCAAUAUGUGCUCUGAGAAACAAGCUCCAGUGAUUUGCAACAAAUGGUACAAAAGUUGAAACACCUAAAAUACAGAUGCUCCCAAAUGUCCACAGCUCAUAACUAGAUAUAUCAAAGGCUGUAGUCCUCAUGACUGUAAAGCUGUCCCCAGUCCAUAAAUCCAGGCAAGAGCGUUCGUAAUAUUCUGCAUACUUCUCUUCUCAAUGAAUCCUGGAGCAAGAAGUGUUUAGUGGUUGUAUAUCUGAAACAGGUGUUUGUUUUUCUUCUUUAAAAGGGAAGGAGAAAUGAGGACGCUUCCGUGGUUGAUUAUGAGCUGAUUGAUCAAGAUGCCAGGGUAAGUAAUGCUGAAUACUGACCUCUUUUCACCUCGUAUGAGGGCCUGUUGAAAAGCUGCCUCCGGCCUCCCCAUGUGUGCAAAGUGUCAACUGUUCCACAGUAUCUGAGCAGACAAAUGCACUUCAACUGUACCAGCUCACAACAUGCUUAGUCUGUCCACGCGUUCCAGAAGUAUUUGACCUGCUGUGAGCCCUUGCCGAUAACCAGGUUAUAGACCAGGCUUCCUCAACCUCGGCUCUCCAGAGGUUCUUGGCCUACAACUCCCAUGAUCCCUAGCUAGCAGGACCAGUGGUCAGGGAUGAUGGGAAUUGUAGUCUCAAAACAUCUGGAGGGCCGAGGUUGAGGAAGCCUGUUAUCGAUCCAAACCACCCCAGCAAUAUUCUCAAUACAAUAAAGUGAAACUAUCCGUAAGUGGGUGAGGUGCUUUGGAGGAAAAGUGCCGGGAGUCUUGUAACUCUGCUAACAUGGCAGUGGCCAGGUGUCUGACACAAAACAUUUUCAUCCCAACUGCAGGACUUGUAUGAUGCUGGUGUGAAGAGAAAGGGAACGGACGUGCCCAAGUGGAUCAACAUCAUGACUGAAAGGAGUGUCCCCCACCUCCAGAAAGGUAACAUGCAACUCCAGGCCGCUCCAGAGGCGUGGGUGGGUGAAGUCCUCACGUGUUCAGGUCUGAUGAUGGAGGCUCCUUUUCACUUGCUUGUGGCUCUCUCUGCUGGACAGACUGGAGGAGAAGCAGGGAUUUGCUCCACAACUGAUCUUUGGUUUCAUGAUUGCACCCAUAGCUCAGAGGGGGAACAUAUCCUUUGCAUACAGAUUAAGAACAUACGAGAAGCCUGCUGGAUCAGGCCAAAGGGGCCAAUCUGGUCCAGCAUCCUGUUCUCACAGAGGCCAACCAGAUCCCUGUAAGAAACCUGCAAGCAGGAUCUGAGCUCAAGAGUGAUUCUCCCCUCCUGUGGUGUCAAACAACUGGUAUUCAGAAGCAUGACUGCUUCUGAAGGUGGAGGCAGAGCAUGUCCAUCCUGGUUUGCAGUCUUCUCCUGCAUGAAUGGGUCCAAUCUUCUUCAGUCAUGGAGGCAGAGUAUAGCUGUCAUAGCUAGCAGCCAUUUAUAGCUCUAUUCUCCACAAGUUCAUCCAGUCCUCUCUCAAUGCCAUCCCAGUUGGUGGUAUAGCUGUCAACUUUUUCCUUAUUCCGAAUAAGAAAGAAGAAGAAAUUCCCUUAUUCCGAAUAUGAUUCCUCGCAAGAAAAGGGAAAAGUUGACAGCUAUGGUUGGUGGCCCUUGUUGCCUCCUGUGGGAGUGAGUUCCACAGUUUAAUUCUGCGCUGCAUGAUUUUAUUUUCUUUUCUUCUGACCCUUCUGUUUCCAUUGGCUAAACUUUGCAGUGUUUGAGAGGUACAAGAGCUACAGCCCUUACGAUAUGCUGGAGAGCAUCAAGAAGGAAGUGAAAGGAGACCUGGAAAAUGCCUUCGUUAAUCUCGGUGAGUACAUGGACAGAGGCAAGAGGAGUUGACCAUCCCAAAGGAUGUUGAGGAAGGUCAGGAGUUGGGUGCUUCUGGUUUGCCCUGGACAGAGGUGUCCCUGGAGUCCCUUGUGCCCUUGGCAAGGAGCAGUAUUGGUGCCUCCACCCCCCAAAACAUCUGAGGUUGCCUGGACAGGAGGAGCACGCCUCCUCAGGGCUGGACAGGGCGCCCGUACCGCUCUCUGCCUGGAGGCUGCUCUGAGAACCCCUUUUCGUUCCCCUCCUCCAGCAGCUUUUUAAAAAAGGACUGGGAAAGGGAGGGAAGAGGAAAAAUUCAGGCACUAAUUCUUAAAUAGUAUGGGGCGGGGGGUUGUGUGUAUACUAGCUAGGGCUAUUUUCUGUUAGGUUAGGAACUUAAGAGGAAUAUGUUCAUAUCCAUUAGUUAAAUCAAUGUUGAUUGGCUGACACUGCAGUGUUUAAAAAAUGGAGAUUAUUAAUCUUUUAGCAAAAGAAUCCUUUUGACAGGAGGGAGCAGAAAUGUGUUUGGCGGUGGGGGGGCUAUCUACUUUUAAACUUUUAAUAGUUUGAUUACAGGUCUGUAUUUUAACCCCAUGUCCAUCUUUUUUUCUCCACAGUCCAAUGCAUUCAGAACAAGCAGCUGUAUUUUGCGGACCGAUUGUACGACUCAAUGAAGGUAAAAUACCCGAACACAGGUCAGGGACACCCUCCUGUGCAAUCACCAUUGAGAUUAAUUCUGUUCACGAGCUCUCCUGCUCAGUGAUCCUGUGCGCCUCCCGCUCAUCUGAGUGGGAUUUCUCUUGGAGCACCCCAGAGGCCUGUGUCCGCUUCCUGCACCAAAUGUCCAUAACGUUGUUGUCAUAUCAUUAAAUUACUCCCAGAAACCAUGCCUAUUUUCAGUCUGGGUUCUGAGAUGGGUCAGGACUCAAGUGGGGCUUGAUCAUUCAUUUGUCAGUAAGUAUGGAAGUGUUGCUUAGCAACUAAGGAGGCUGCAUGAUCCUUGGUGAGACCGCAUAUGCUCUGGCUGUGUAGCUGUGAGAGAAUUUCUCCCUGGAUGUUAAGUUGAACCUAACCCUGCUUUUAACAAGGCCUGCCCUUAAAAAAGAGAGAAAGCUCUGGUUUUCCCCCCUCCUCAAGUUAUAUGUUGCUUUGUUUCAUUUUCCUCAGUAAAGUGUUAUUAGGAUUUCUUUUCUCUGGAUUCCAUCUGUGUUAUUUUACUGACUGCUAACAAUUCCCACCGCCCAAAAAAUGCAUUGCAAACAAUCAAGUUUGAUUUUAACAAUGAAGUUUAAUUGUGGAAAAUAAUUGUUUUUUUCAGGGCAAAGGAACCCGAGACAAGGUCCUGAUCAGGAUUAUGGUCUCCCGCAGUGAGGUGGACAUGCUGAAAAUUAAGAGUGAAUUCAAGAGGAAAUAUGGGAAGUCCCUGUAUUACUUCAUCCAGGUGAGUGGCCGUGUUGCAGCAGAUCUCCUGUCAGUCACAGCAGAGCAGACAGUAUCAGAUCACCCCAUGGAGAGCUCAGUUGUGUUGAGCAUGGGGCUGAUAAUGCCGAGGUUGCAGGUUUGAUUCCUGUAAGGGACAGCUGCAUAUUCCUGCCUUGCAGGGGGUUGGACUAGAUGAUCCUCAGAAUCCCUUCCAACUCUGCAAUUCCAUGCUGGCUGUGUGGUGUGCUUAUGCUCGGGAUCCCAGCCACUCCAUUUCUCCCACUCCCCAUUUCUCUCCCCCGACCCAAGCCAGGCUUCUGUGACCACUGAGCGUACUCAGUCUCCAUUCUGCUGUUUUGGGUAAUCCACCCCCACAAAACAUUUUUCCCCAUUUGUACAUUGCAAGCCUUGGAAUCCCUCCCCCACCCCAACUUGCUGGUAUGCCCUGAAAUUCUUGGCAUGGUGCAAGAACACACACACGGGGAAUUUUGGAAAACACAGCAGGACAAUUUAUGGCUGCCUGCAUGGAGUGGAAGCCUCCCUUCUUUUUUGUAUCGUUUUGGGGGUUCUGAUGAUCCUGACAGUGUGAGGAGAGUCAGGGCCAGACUGGCCCUGCGGAGAGUUUUGGCCUAAUGUCUCUUUCCCUCUAUUCCCCUUACAGCAAGACACAAAGGGCGAUUACCAGCGGGCACUCCUGAACCUGUGCGGAGGAGAAGAUUGAACACUGUGAUGGGAAUGGAAAGAGUUCCAGCCCCAAGAUAUGCUCCCCCCCUUUUUUUUACCCCGCUUCAGCCCAGCCCUGAUCUCCUUUGCAGAACUAGAGCCAUUGGCACGAUAGCCUUUGCUAACUCAUCUUCCCUAUCCUGUCUACUCCAGGCGGAUGCUGCUGGUCGCUUUUGUAUCAUUCCCUCCCUUGGCUCAGGCUUUGCUUGGCUUUUACCCAAGUAGCUAAUCUCAGCAGAAGUAAUCAGGCCAAAGGAGUUAACAUUCCAAAGAGAGGGAGAAGGAGAGGGAGGCAAGCCUUACAUGCACAGUGGAAGAUUCUGCCUCUUUUUGUGUGCAAUGUUCUUGUUGGAACGCCAAAUAAAAUGGAAUUUUUACUUUAAGAAAAACACAGUGUGCUCUUGUGCAUUCUUCCAGAGGAGCAAAGUGUCAGCUUCCUGGUGUAACAAUAAUUACCUUGUGGGAUUCAGACACUCCCCCUUCUGCGCAUAUUUUAAAAAUUGCUUCAUAUCCCUCCCUUUUGGUGUAGCCUCCCAUCUCACAGCAACAGACAGUAAGACUGUUUGACAGUGGAAUGGACAACCUUGGAAGGUGGUGGAGUCUCCUUCAUCAGAAGUUUUUGAACAGAGGUUGGGUGGCCCUCUGUCAGGGAUUCUUCAGCUGUGAUUCCUGCAUUGCAGGGGGUUGGACUAGAUGAUCCUUGGGUGUAAUUUCCAACUCUGUGAUUCUAAGGAACUAAUCCAAACCACUCCUGCUUUGCUUUAAGGUAAAGGGACCCCUGGCCAUUAGGUCCAGUCAUGACCGACUCUGGGGUUGCGGCGCUCAUCUCGCUUUAUUGGCCGAGGGAGCCGGUGUACAGCUUCUGGGUCAUGUGGCCAGCAUGACUAAGCCACUUCUGGCGAAACCAGAGCAGCACACAGUUGCUCGGUCCCAGCUCCUGCCAACCUAGCAGUUCAGAAGCACAAAGUGCAAGUAGAUAAAUAGGUACCGCUCUGGCGGGAAGGUAAACGGCAUUUCCUGCUUUAGAUGAAAGUUAAUUUAUGGUAGACUAGUGGGGAGUGCCUGGUGCUGCCCAGGAAUUUGUAGAAACCAAAAAAUACUAUGUUUUUUAAAUGGAUGGUGUUUUUGUGAGUUUGGACUUGUCAUGUAAAUGACUGGGUAGCUCAGUUGGUUAUAGCGUGGUGCUGAUAAUGCCAAGGUCACAGGUUCAAUCCCCGUAUGGGACAGCUGCAUAUUCCUGCCUUGUAGGAGGUGGAACUAAAUGAUCCUCAGAGUUACUUCCAGUUCUACAGUUCUAUGAUUCUAUGCCAAACAUUGGGUGAAAUCAUGUUUUGGUCUGCCAUCUGGAUUCAUCAUGGUGCCUGGUACCCAAACACUGAUGUAGAUCCUCACCCCCUUCUCGGGAACCCCCAUGCCAAGUUUGAUGAAGAUACCUUGACAGGCAACUAACCCUAUGCCAUCAGACAGGUGGAAUCAUGCAAAUGUGACAUUUUGGUCCACCAUCUUGAUUCAAAAUGGCACCUGGCAUCCAAAUGGCAAUGAGGCUCUCCACCCCCACUUCAGGAGCCCUUGUGCAGUCUUUGGCAAUGAUAACACAAGAGACAUCUGAACCUGUGCCCCCAAAUGGGCAUAGUGAUGCCAAACUCACAUUUCGAUCCAUUAUCUUGGUUCAAAAUGGCAGCCAGCUUCCAAGUGCCAAUAAAAACUGCUGCUCCCAUAUUGGGCACCCUUGUGCCAAGUUUGGUAAGGGUAUCUCAAGAUGUGUCCAAACCUAUGGACCAGAUCAGUAGCCUUUAUGACAGCAGGGACGAGGAACCUCAAACCCAGUGGGCUGAAUAGGACCCUUCAGCCCUUUCUAGCCUUCAGUCAGGACUCUUCCCUUGUUCACACCUCUCAUUGGCCUUGCCCUCGUACCCUCUGGGGGUGCUUUUGCCUGGCUGGAAUGUGUCUUGAACUUGGAUGAUGCUACUUGCUUGCCUGGAUGGAGGGAUGUGGGCACUGCUAUUUUUAUAUAGAAAAAAUGGCGCUAGCACUCGCCAUGAAGUUGUUACGGUAAGCAUCACAUUCAUGGGGUGGGUGGUGGAGUGCUGCCACUGCAUAGCCUUGAGUACCCCCAGAAAAAGCACUGGGGGUGGGGGUAGCAGUCUUUGGCUUUCCCAUGGCUGGGCUGCCACCCAGAGGGAAGAGCUGCAUUCAUGGCUCCAACCACUUUUGUCUCUGCCCUCAGUUUCUCUCCUGCCCCAGCUUUGCAAUAGAAUAUAAUACAGUGGUACCUCGGGUUACAUUCUCUUCAGGUUAGAGACUCAGCUAACCCAGAAAUAGUGCUUCAGGUUAAGAACUUGCUUCAGGAUGAGAACAGAAAUUGUGUGGCGCAGCAGCAGCAGGAGGCCCCAUUAGCUAAAGUGGUGCUUCAGGUUAAGAACAGUUUCAGGUUAAGAACGGACCUCUGGAACGAAAUAAGUAUGUAACCAGAGGUACCACUGUAAUCUAUAAAACUCUACAGGUUUCUCGUGCCAACCUUGCCCAUCUGCUUUUUGGUCAGGGUGCAACACAAGCAAAUAUUGUAUUGAAAGUAGACCCAUUCAUUCAUUUCCAUAGGUCUAGUCUAACAUUGAACACAAUACUGUGUAAAUAAAAGUACAUCCAGCUUCAACACUAACUGUGGUAACUGAAACCACAGAACGGCCUACAGAUUUCUAGCAAUAAAACUAUCUACAGA